AUGGAGAAGGAGGAGCAACAACGAGAGGAGGAGGAGCGUGUGCGCAGGGAACAGGAGCAAGCCGAACAGGCGCGCAAGCAAAAGGAAAUAGACGAGGCAAACCGCCGGCUGGCCGCAGAAAGAAAGCGCAAGCUGGAGGAGGAGAAGAAGCGUGAAGAGGAGGAAGCCUUCCGAAGGAAGCAGCAGGAGGAGCUGCAGCGUGAGGCCAGGCGAGCGGAGGAGCAACGUAAGCAGGAGGCGGAGAGGAAGAGGGAGGAAGAGCGCCGGAAAGCAGAGGAGCAAGAGACCAGAAGGAGGGAGGAGGAGCAAAGGAAAGCCACAGAGGAGGCCAAGAAACGAGAGGAGGAGCAGCGCAAGAAAUCCGAAGAGGAGAACCGGAGGAGGGAGGAGGAACGCAGGCAAGCUGAAGAGGAGACCCGACAGAGGGAGGAACGGAAGAAGGCGGAAGAGGAGACCAAGAAGAGAGAAGAGGAGGAGCGAAGGAAGGCCGAGGAGGAGACAAAGAAGAGGGAAGAGGAGGAGGCAGAGCGCCGGAAGGCUGAAGAAGAGCUCCUGAAGAGGGAGGAGGCCAUGCGAGUCCUACCUUCCCAGGUUCAGCAGGCCGUGACGUCCGAGGAACCCGAGGAGCUCCAAAUCCAGGAGGCAAAGCAGAUGGAAGCCCAAGUCCACGAGCUGCCUGACAGGCCGAAGCAGCCCGUUCUGGAACGACUAGAGCCCGAAGUGCCCAGAAGCAGCCAGGAGAGCCCAGCAAAGGACUCUGACUUGCCCAGCUCUUUGACAGCCGCCGGCCGUAGACCGCGGCGCUUCUCCGGGGCCUGGAUUCAGACGGAGCUGGAAGAGGGAGAGAAG